UAGUUAAAAAAACAAAAACAAAAAAAAGUAAAAGAGAAGCGAAUCUGAAGUCAAGAAGCAAUAAAAACUAAAAAGGCGAAGAAAGGCUAAAAGGAAUCGCAGAAAGAAAUAAUUUUGCAGAGGAAGAUCAUGAUCCUAGCAGUGUUGUUCGCCAAUUCCGUAGGGAACGUAUUGAUCGAAAGGUUCAAUGGAGUGCCAGCUGAGGAACGGCUGACCUGGCGAUCUUUCUUGGUAAAGUUGGGAGCAGAGAAUCUCAAAGGUGUUAAAAACGAGGAGCUCCUCGUCGCUUGCCACAAGUCGGUUUAUAUCGUGUACACAAUGUUAGGGGAUGUUAGCAUCUUCCUUGUUGGCAAAGACGAGUACGAUGAACUUGCUUUGGCAGAAGCCAUCUUUAUCAUAACAGGGGCUGUGAAAGACAUAUGCGGAAAACCUCCAACAGAGCGAGUGUUUUUGGAUAAAUAUGGAAGGAUUUGUUUGUGUCUUGAUGAAAUCGUUUGGAACGGACUUCUGGAGAAUACCGACAAAGACAGGAUCAAGCGGCUCAUUAGAUUGAAACCUCCUUCUGAGUUUUGAUUUGGUCCAACCAAACCACACAUUCUUCUUCUAGUCUUUAUACUACAUUUCUCACUCCCCAGGGAAUAUGUUGUUUGUUGAAUCAUUUCUCUCUAUCAUAUAUUCAAGUAUCAUCUACUGCUAUUGUUCCAUUGGACUGAAGCAGUUUGGUGUGGUGAUUGUUA